AAUGAGCACUAGGGAAGAACUCAUCUAUAUGACCAAAUUGACAGAAUAAACAGAGAGAUUCGAAGAUAUGGUCAAUUACAUCAAAUAAGUGGUUCAAAAUGGAUAAGAGUUGUCAAUCGAAGAGAGAAACCUUCUUUCCGUCGCUUAUAAAAAUAGCAUCGGUGGAAGAAGAACAGCUUGGAGAGUCUUGUCCAGCAUUGAAAACAAGGAAGAAGGAAAAGUAAAAAAAAAAAUUUAAAUUUUAGGCUCAAUCCCAACCAGCCUCAUAAAAAAAUCUUGUCUUGAUCAGAAGCUACAAGAAAAAGAUUGAAGAAGAAUUGAAUCAAUAUUGCCACGAUAUCCUCAAUUUGAUUGACAGUCAUUUGAUCAAAACUGCUUCAACACCUGAAGCUAAAGUCUUUUUCCACAAGAUGAAAGGAGACUAUCACAGAUACAUUUCUGAAUAUGCUUCUGGUGAUUAACACAAGAAAGCUGCUGAUGGUGCUCUUGCCGCUUAUUAAGCUGCUUCCAAUGUUGCUAAUUCAGAAUUAAAAACCACAAAUCCAAUCAGAUUAGGACUUGCUUUGAAUUUCUCAGUUUUCUAUUAUGAAGUUUUGAAUGAUGCUGCUAAGGCAUGUUAAUUAGCUAAAUCAGUAACAAAUCUUAAUUAAUCAAUUCUAGGCUUUUGAUGAUGCUAUUGCCGACAUUGAAUAAAUUUAAGAAGAUCAAUACAAAGAUGCAACAACCAUUAUGUAAUUAAUUAGAGAUAACUUGACAUUAUGGACCUCAGAACUUGAUGAUGAAGGUGGUAACGUAGAAAACCUUUGAG